AUGGUUCGAGUCAUAGCACGGAUCGAGCGGCUGUUCCAAAACCACAAGCGCCGCUCAGAAGAAAGGCUCUACAGAGAGUUCACCAACGAAGAGAUUCGGCAAGCCAUGCUGACACUCGUUCGUCUCGUCCAGUUGGAAUCCUUUCCGGAAGUAUUCGCCCAAUUGCAGAAACAGGUAAAGAUAAAGAACAGCUCACUCAUAUCGCUCUCUCCCUUCGUAGACCUCAACGGUGUCCUCAGGGUCAGAGGACGCCUAGCGAAGAAGACCUGCUCGUUCGAUCAGAAGUACCAGAUGAUCCUACCGUCAAGCCACCCCUUCACCACUGCCAUCAUCCGCCGUUCGGUACAUAAGCUCAAUAUGCACGCAGGCGCAUUAACCACUUUGUGUGCCAUCCGAAGGGAGUACUGGAUCAUUCAUGCGAAAAAUGCCGUCAAGAAGGCCAUUCAAGAGUGCAUACGAUGCUCCAAGAACAACGUACGCCCAAUACAACCGAACAUGGGUGAUCUGCCAGUCUGUCGUUUGGAGGGAGAGUACCCGUUCUAUCGUGCUGGCAUCGAUCUCUGCGGGCCAAUCUCGAUCAAACAACGCAACAAACGAUCGACCAUCGUUCACAAUGGCUGGAGUGUGCUGUUCAUUUGUCUCGAGACAAAGGCCAUCUAUCUCGAGAUCAUCAGUGAGCUGUCCACCGGAGCAUUUAUGGCAGCUUUUGAUCGGUUUGUCAGUCGACGAGGCAAACCAGCAACCGUUUGGACCGACAACGGUACAAACUUCGUCGGUACAGCGAACGUACUCGACGAAUGGAAAUCCUUUUUCGACAGUAUCGAUAACCAAGACGGUAUUCGACGAGCAGGUAACGAAAUUGAGUGGCGAUUCAAUCCCCCAGAGGCUCCGCAAUUCGGUGGAAUCUGGGAGGGAACAUUCGACAGACCAAAUCCUUGCUGGUGA